CACAGUUAACUGUGAAUGUGAUAAAAAUAUGUGAUGUAAACAUAGACACGUUUAUUACGUGAAAACCAAAAAUGGCCUCAGAUCGUUCAGAAGUAUCCGGAGCUCAAGUAGGGAUGAAAACAGAUUCCUUGAAGUUAAUCUGCCAGCUUUCUCUUCUUAAACAUCUUCACAGAGUAGGGUUCAAGCUUGAGUAUUCCCUCGGAGACAAAUCUGGCGGGAAAAAUUUCUAUCUUCGAGGGAUCCAAGGAGAGGUGACCAGACCUGUUUGGAACAGGGAUUAUCUAUAUCUCAACAGUUUCAUUCAGCAGGUUCGAGAAUAUCUGCAGGAGAACUCGGUUCAUGCGGUUCUCAAUGAUCUCUUCUAUCUCGCAUUAGAUAUAUUUAAUAGGUAUGAUAACCGCCGACGGAUGGGCGUUGAGCUGAUGAUUCUCUGUAUGCUAACCAGUCCUUCUCUGACUAGUUGGGAGAUUCCGGAUAAAUAUCAGGCGCAAUACUUCAUUCUGGAUAUGCUUGUAUCAUGCAGGCAACGAUUUCAGAAACCCAAUGCUGCUGCUUUUUGGUCAAAACAAUCCGAAUCCUUGCUGAUAUCAACCUUCAAACAUAGCUGCAAGCUCAGCAGGCUGGUUCUCUCUCUCUGCAAUGACCUGAUACUAAGGGCAAUCUCAGUGUACUGCAGGAAUCUUAGUGAGUUGGAGGUCCAGCUAGCUCAAGAUGUAACAGAGGAAGGAUUACUUGCAAUCUCUGGAAGAUCAAUUAAACAAUCUGAUCAAGGUUUCAAUGGUCCCUGGGAGAAUGCCCUCUAUCUACAGAAAGAUUUUGGUGCACCUCGGGAGUGGUAUAUCAAAGAUUCUAUGAUGUUUACUCCGCCAUGCUUAGCCAAACGUCCUUUUCCUCCUAAACAAUGUGAGAAACUGAUCAAAACCUUUCCAACAUCUUUCGGAUGUACCAAACUCCGAAAGUUUCGACUUUUCGGAGAUAUAGUCUUUCCACCACUAGUGUCGCGAGCAAAAGCCAACAAGAAUGUUGUUGGUCCUGCAUUAGAAGUCGGGUUCUAUGUCUUCCUGAUAUAUUUAAAAAAUCUGCAGCAAUUUAAUGUCGGGUUUACUCCACUUGUUGUUGCUAGAUUAGCACAGCUCCUAUCUGAGGAGGAACGGACAAAAACUGUGCUUAACCUAACGGAACUGUUUUUGGGUCCAGAGGAACAGCUUGAGGUGUCGGAGUUGAACGAGCUCGCUACAAUUUGUCCUAAUAUCUUGGAGCUUAAGGGAGUUUCCACCGCUAUCCUCAGCGAUGCCUGUAAACGGGAUCAGCAUAUUGCGGAUGGGGCAGUCUGUGAUUUUUUAAAGAAGUUUUCAAAACUCAAGAAAUUGACAGGAAGUAUGAAAUUUUCCUGUUUUAAUUCCUACUUCUCUCAGAGUGGACAGAAGCUGACAUAUCUCAACUGCUCUACACAUAUUUUGCACACAUAUGAUCUUAUAUUACUCCGGAGGUAUUGUGUGUGUUUGCAGAAACUUGAUGGUUGUUUCUCAGUAGAAAACACGGUAGAUCGAGCAGUUAUAGAGAACCAUACAAAUCACAAUCGGGAUAUAGGAGGAACAUUGUUAAAUAUCGACUCUCCUUGGACAUACUGGAAACUCGAGGUUCUAAAAUAUCCUUGGAAAUCUCUCCGGCAUCUGGAUUUGACUGGACGAAUAAAUUUGAAGAUAAUGCAAAUUUUGGUUGCCUCCGCAGACCUCCUUGAAACCCUGAGUGUAAAGAAUUUGCCAAAUGAAAUGGUUUCUGGAGGAAUGGCUUUCGAUGAUACCUGGAUAUCUGGUUUGUUAGAGGCCAACUCGUUACAGAACCUGAGAGAGUUUACUAUACGAAUGGAUAGUGAUCAUUUUGUUGAAGAAGGAUUCCUAACCAAGUCGAGCUUGAACGUUCUUCUCCAACAUGCAGUUCUACAGUGUCCCAAACUUGAGAAUAUUGUGGGAGAAUGGACGAAAAUACCAGACAAAGAAAUAUCCCUCUUUGAAGAUGAUGCUGCCAUUAAAGGGUUGAACGUCAAGAUAAGAAACGCUAAACCCUACAGAGACUUUCAAAAUAUUGAUGAUAAUGACAGGUUCUAUGGUAUGAAUGAAGGCUACUGGAGAUUAAGUAGUUCUGGUUCCAGGCAGUUUCCACCAAACAAUCCUCAGAUUGAGGGAGCUGUUGCAGUUGAGAAUCAAGCUGGAGUAGAUGGAAUUACUAGCGAAAAAAUUCAAAUCAGACAUCAAAGAGAAUGGGGAUAUGUGUACAGGCCAUUCAGGACAGAACCAGAGGCUUUAUCUAAUGAAUAAGAUUGUUUACAGAUAAAAAUUAGUUAAACCGAUUUAAGUUAGUUCCGUCAAUUCAAAAUUUGCAUUCUUAGAACCAAAACAUGGAAAAUACGAGAAUAUUUAAUCGUGAAUAAAAUAAUAUUUUUAUGAAACAUGUUAAAUGCGAUUUGGUAAAUCUAAGAUCCAUGGCUUACUGAUUUUUGGAAAUAAUAAUUAUUAGACGAAUUUAAAUCUCAAUUAUGUUACUUUUUCCAUAAGGAA